AUGACAUCUCCAGAUUAUUUCCACCAAAUUAGAAUUUCUAAUAGCUCAUUUAAAGCUUCAAAUUUUAAUUUACAAAUGAUGGAAUUCAAAAGUCAUAAUUUAAUCAUUAAUGAAUAUCAACAAGAUAUUUUAAAUCAUUUAUUAUCAUUAGAAAAUCAAACCACUCCAAAUUUAUCAUUAAUUCAACAACAACCUGAAAUUAAUCUUAAAAUGAGACCUUUAUUAUUGGAUUUCUUAAUGGAUGUUAUUAACAAAUUAAAUUUUUCCAAAUCAACUUUCCCUUCAACUGUUAACUUGAUUGAUAGAUAUUGUUCAACAAGAAUUGUUAAAAAACAACAUUAUCAAUUAUUAGGUUUAACAUGUCUUUGGAUUAGUUGUAAAAAUUUGGAUGCAAAAUAUAAAAUUCCAAAUUUGAACGAUUUAAGUAAAAUGUGUUGUAAUUGUUACGACAAAAAAUUGUUCUUAGAGAUGGAAAAUCAUUUAUUAAAAUCAUUAAAUUGGAUUAUAACCAUUCCAACAUUUGAUGGUUUUAUUGAUUUAUAUUUAAAUUUGUUACAAAACUUUCCUAAAGUUAAAAUUUCAAAUAAUAUGUUAAAUGAUUUGAAGAUUUUAUCAAUUUAUAUUUGUGAAUUGAUUCAAUUUUAUCCAAAUAUUUAUUUCAAUUAUAAUACUUCAUUAAUCAGUUUAACAAGUUUCUUAAUCAGUUGUAAGAUAUUAAAUUUAUCUGUUAAUAUUAAUGAAUUCAUUUAUAAUUUAAAUUCAUCAAUUGAAAUCGAUAAAGAUUUUGAAAACUUUUAUGAUAAUAAAACUAAUGAUUUUUUCACAUUUUCCAAAAUUUCAAAUUUAUCAAAAUUAUUGAUUAAAAUUUUGAAAUGUCCUCCUCCUUCAUUAAAAUUGAAAUAUUUUAAUGAUUCUUGUAAAUUUAUCAAUUUGAUGGAGAAGUUAAUUAAUUUUACAAACUUUAAAAAUGAACCAGUUACUCCAAAGACUUAUAAAUUACCUCCAACUCCGGUUUCAAAUAACAUUUCCCCAAAAUAUAAAAGCAUCAUCGAUAACAUAGAUUUAACUCCUGGUAAUAAAGAGGAUUAUUUACCUUCACCCAAUUCACCAAAUUUCAAUAUUCAUCCUCCUUUAAUGUUACCUAAUCGUAAACGUUCUCAUGAGAGUAACGAACCAAAAAUUGAUUUGAAAAGGUCAAAAUCAGUUCCAUUAAUUUAUAAAGAUUAA